AUGACUAUUGUACAGCAGAGAACAAAACUGGCAUCAAACAAAUCAUCAUUGCCCAUGGAUAAUAUAUAUUCUUCUAAAGGAAAAAUCGAAGACAGCGAUAGUUUCAGUUCUGAUGACAACAUACCUUUAGCUAACUUCAAAGCUAAGAAAUUUAGGUCUCCUUUUCAAGAGCUAUUGCCAAGUCCGAACUAUGAUGUAAAAAAAAUAAGCCUAGGAGAAGAGCUAUUAAUUAUAAAGGCCAACGAAUUACGAAAGACCUAUUCGAAGAACGAGAAGCAUUGA